UGCCUUAAUCUGUUCCAGAAAUAUUAGUUCUUAGUUAUCUGUAUAUCUGUGGUAAAGUGGUAAUGCAGUGACUUGUCAAAAUUCUUAAAAUCAUCUUAUUCGCCGCAACACUGAAUAAUAAGUUUACUGCGAAUUUUGGGCUUAUAAGAUUUUAAUUAGAAAUAAAUAUGACUAUAAAAAAUAAAACGGAAGAAACAAAAAAAGAGACGACUGAUCCUGCACCAGCACCUAACGAUGAUUUGUCAGAAGAAGAUAAACGCCUCCAAGAAGAACUUAAUAUGCUGGUUGAAAAGCUUGUGGGUAACGAAGUUGACCUCUACUUACCAGCUCUACAAAUGCUAACCAACCUCAUAAGAACAUCUACAACAUCUAUGACUUCGGUACCAAAACCAUUAAAAUUUCUAAGAGAGCACUACCCAGCACUUAAGCUUGUAUAUGAGAAAAUAGAGGAUGAAAAGACAAAGAAAUAUUGUGCUGAUGUAGUCUCGGUACUCGCCAUGGGUGUCAGUGGCUCUCCUGAUGCUGCCGAAAAACGAGAAUGCCUCAAAUAUUGUAUGCUAGGAACCAUGUCAAAUGUUGGAGAAUGGGGUCAUGAGUAUGUCAGGCAACUGGAAGGCGAGAUAGCUGAAGAAUGGAAUGUUGAUAACAUGAACACAUUAUUGCCAUUGGUCCGAGAUGUUGUGGCCUUUGACAUGCAGCAUUCUGCUGAGAUUCAAGCAUGUGAUUUGCUUAUGGAAAUUGAUCGUUUAGACCUUCUCUCCCAGCAUAUGGAUCAAAGUAAUUAUCCUCGUGUAUGUCAUUAUUUAAUUGGCUGUGCCAGUUAUGUAGUGGAGCCAGAAUCAACACAGAUUUUGCAGGGUGUAUUAGACACCUACUUGCGCUUUGGAGAGUAUCCUCGUGCUUUGCUUGUGGCUAUGCAGCUCCAUGACAAAGCUAAAAGUGAAGAAGUUUUUAAUGCCUGUAAUGAUCCAUUGAUCAAAAAACAAUUAUGCUAUAUGCUAGCACGACAAUAUGUACCCUUAGAUUUGGAAGAUGAAGACCUGCGAACAAUCCUUUUAAAUGCUCAUAUAAAUGAUCAUUUUCUAAGUUUAGCCAGAGAACUUGAUAUUAUGGAACCCAAAACUCCAGAAGAAGUUUAUAAAACAUGGUUAGAAUCAGCUGGAUCGGCACUGCGGCCAUCACUGCUUGCCGAACACCCAAUAGAUUCUGCCCGACAAAAUCUCUCAGCCACUUUUGUCAAUGCAUUUGUGAAUGCUGGGUUUGGUCGAGAUAAAUUAGUCACUACCGAAGAUGGUAACAAGUGGAUGUAUAAAAAUAAAGAUCAUGGCAUGCUGUCGGCCGCGGCGUCGCUCGGCAUGAUCCACCUGUGGGACGUGGACGGCGGCCUGACGCCCAUCGACAAGUACCUGUACACGUCCGAGGAGCACAUCAAGGCGGGCGCGCUGCUAGCGCUGGGGCUCGUCAACUGCGGCGUGCGCAACGAGUGCGACCCCGCGCUGGCGCUGCUCUCCGACUACGUGCUGCACUCCAGCGUGAACCUGAGGAUCGGCAGCGUUCUGGGCCUGGGCAUCGCGUACGCGGGCACGCAGCGCGAGGACGUGCUGUCGCACCUGCUGCCCGUGCUGGCGGACGCGGCCGCGCCGCCCGAGGUGUGCGCGCUGGCGGCGCUGGCGGCCGGCCUCAUCGCCGUCGGCUCCUGCAACGGAGAAGUAACCUGUGCAAUUAUUCAGCGACUCAUCGACGAUAACAAAGAUCUACAUUCUUCUACAUAUGUUAGAUUUUUACAUUUAGGCUUGGGAUUAUGUUUCCUUGGCUGCAAGGAGCGCACGGAGGCGACGAUGGCGGCGCUGGAGGUGCUGCCGGAGCCGCAGCAGUCGCUGUGCCAGACCACGCUGUCCAUGUGCGCGUACGCUGCCACCGGCGACGUGCUGGUCGUGCAGCAGAUGCUGCACAUCUGCUCCAAGCACUACGAAACCGACAACGAACAAUCGUCGGCCGAAGAUACCGCUUUUAAGAAACAGGACAAAAAAGAAUCUAAAGAGAGCGGAAGCUCCGCUAGUGGAUCGAAAGAUGAUAAGAGCAAAAGCAAAUCAAAGGAAGGCAAAGGCAAAGAUAAAGAAAAGGAGAAGGAAAAAGAAGCUAACAAAGAAUUAUCUGCGGUACAAGCCGUAGCCACACUCGGAGUGGCCGUCAUCGCGAUGGCAGAGGAGACCGGCGCUGAAAUGUGCACACGCAUAUUUGGGCAGUUGGGGCGCUACGGCGAGCCGGCCGUGCGGCGCGCCGUGCCGCUGGCCAUCGCGCUGUGCUCCAUCUCCAACCCGCAGCUGGCCGUCAUCGACGUGCUCAACAAAUACUCGCACGACUCCGACAACGACGUCGCCUACAACGCCAUCUUCGCCAUGGGCCUCGUCGGCGCCGGCACCAACAAUGCCAGACUGGCGACGAUGCUGCGCGCGCUGGCGCUGUACCACGGCAAGUCGCCGGUGCACCUGUUCAUGGUGCGGCUGGCGCAGGGCCUGUGCCACGCGGGCAAGGGCACGGUGACGCUGAGCCCGCUGCACGCCGACCGCCGCCUCGUCAACCAGCCCGCGCUCGCCGGCCUGCUCGUUGUGCUCACCGCCUUCCUGGACUGCAAGAACAUUAUUCUCGGAAAAUCUCACUACCUCUUGUAUGUGCUGGCGACAGCGAUGCAACCUCGCUGGCUCGUGACACUUGAUGAAAAUCUUCAGCCUCUUAAUGUUAGUGUGCGCGUUGGACAGGCUGUAGAUGUUAUUGGCAAAGCAGGAACACCAAAAACUAUUGCUGGCUCUCAUACACACACUACACCUGUAUUGCUGUCAUUUGGUGAACGAGCAGAGCUAGCCACUGAUGAGUACAUUCCUCUCUCCCCUGUUAUGGAAGGCUUUGUUAUCCUCAAGAAGAACGAAGACAGCGUCAUGGCAGCCGUUCAAUAAGCAUUACUGUUAUGAUUGAUAUAGUAUUAAUGUUGUGAUGAAGUAAUUGUCAUUUUAUAAUAAUAUUCAUGUCAAAAAAAAAUUUUUUUUUCUUUUCAAUUACAACAUAAGAGAUUACAUUAAGUAGCCGAUCCAGUGUACUUCGUACUGCCAUUUUUUAUUUUUUUUUUCUUAUACAAGUGUUUAGAAUACCCCAUAUUUUUUUUUAAAUUUCUCAAUUUAUAAUAAAAAAAAAUUGUAGUACGUAUUCGUGUCGACGUAGUCACGUGUACGCAUUGCGCCUUAAUAUCCGCUCGAAUACCUAUUUUCAGCGUUAACUAAAAAUUAUAAACAAUAUAUAUAGAAACAACCCGAGA